CAGCAACUGCUGUUGCCCACUGCAAGAGAGGAAAUGGCCUCAUUAAAGUGAAUGGAAGACCUCUGGAAAUGAUUGAGCCCAGAACUCUGCAGUAUAAACUGCUUGAACCUGUCCUCCUCCUGGGGAAGGAACGAUUUGCUGGUGUUGACAUCAGGGUUCGUGUAAAGGGUGGUGGCCAUGUAGCGCAAAUCUACGCUAUCCGUCAAGCAAUUUCCAAAGCAUUGGUGGCUUACUAUCAAAAAUAUGUUGAUGAAGCUUCCAAGAAAGAGAUCAAGGAUAUUCUAAUCCAGUAUGAUAGGACUCUGCUGGUUGCAGAUCCUCGCCGUUGUGAAUCCAAGAAAUUUGGAGGACCUGGUGCUCGUGCACGCUACCAGAAGUCUUACCGUUAAAAUUGUUCUACAGUCAUGUGACAGUCAAUGAACAUAAAGAAAAUUUGAUAAAUU